AAUUGUUUGACAAAAAGUAUAUUGAGUUUGUAAGCCAUAUAACCCACGAUCACAUCCCAAAUGCAAUCUUUGCUAUUCUUAAUUACUUCUCUGUUAAUGAUAUCAUCGAUCACUUCAUUCAUCAAAAUCGAUGCCAUCGUUGACACCAAAUUCAGUCCCAAACUCGAUGGCGAAGCCAUUAAUUGCGACCUUUGCGGCGAUACUUGUGUUAAGUCAUGCACUGACAGCAACACUGCUCGAGGUUUAGAGAGCUUCCGCCGGUGUUGUGCCAGUUAUUUCAAAAAGCGGACUACAAUUCCGGCCGUUUGGCCCAAUAUGAAUGUCUACCGACAACUUGUUUCUCAGGCCAUCAAACAAAACAUGAAAACUGAACAAAAUUAA